UAUACCAAGCCUUAUCUCGUUACACCGCGGCCACGGCCACCUGUCUCUUAUGCGGCAAGGCUUUCCACCGCUCGUCUGGAAUUUGAGCAGUUUCCGGCUCCCACAGCGACCCCCGUGUGAGUCGAGCCCGCCGCGGGACGCGCCUUCCCCGGCUCCCCGCCGCGAUGCCCCCCGGUGUGGUGACCGCCCCUCGCAGCUCGUCCUGCGGCUGCUUCUGCGCCCGCUGCGGCGGCAAAGGCACGCCGUAUUUCACCGAGAACUCCGUCCUCUCUCAAGGAAAAAUUUAUCAGCUCAUCAGUGAAAGCUUCUUGACGGUUAAAGGAGCUGCUCUCUUCUUACCUCGAGGAAAUGGCUCCUCCCCCUCCUCCGCCCCUCGCCUCCCCCAGCUGCGGAGUAAACAUGCAGGAGACAUCCAGCAGCACCUGCAAACGAUGUUCACCGUCCUCAGACCAGAGGACAACAUUAAGCUGGCGGUUCGUUUGGAGAGUUCCCAUGCUCAGAUGACCCGCUACAUGGUGGUGGUCUCAACCAACGGUCGACAGGACACGGAGGAGAGUGUGGUUCUGGGGAUGGACUUUAGUCCGGUGGACGGCUCAUGUUCUGUGGGGCUGGUUUUGCCUUUAUGGAGCGACACCUUAAUCCACCUGGAUGGAGACGGGGGAUUCAGUGUAUCUACUGAUAGCAGAGUUCUUGUAUUCAAGCCUGUUUCUGUGCAAGCCAUGUGGUCAGCCCUGCAGUCGCUCCACAAAGCUUGUGAAGUCGCUCGGUGCCACAACUACUUCCCGGGCAGCUUGUUCCUCACCUGGGUCAGCUACUACCAGAGCCGCGUGUGCUCCGACCAGACCCGCAUCAAUGAGUGGAACACCAUGCAGGAUGUGCAGUCCCAUCGCGCCGACUCUCCCGUGCUCUUCUCUGAUGCACCCACAGAAAGAGAGCUGACGGAGCGACAGAUCAAAACCAGGCUGAGGGAAAUCAUGAUGCAGAAAGAUCUGGAGAAUGUCACCUGCAAAGAAAUCCGAACAGAGCUGGAAAUGCACAUGACAUGCAACCUGCGAGAGUUCAAGGAGUUCAUUGACAAUGAGAUGAUUGUUAUUCUGGGCCAGAUGGACAGCCCGACGGAGAUUUUCGAUCACGUCUUCUUGGGAUCUGAAUGGAAUGCAUCCAAUUUGGAGGAGUUGCAAAAGAGCGGAGUUCAGUACAUCCUGAAUGUAACAAGAGAAAUCGAUAACUUCUUUCCCGGUGUGUUUGAGUACCACAACAUCCGUGUUUACGACGAGGAGGCCACCGACCUGCUUGCCUAUUGGAACGACACCUAUAAGUUCAUAUCAAGAGCAAAGAAAUCUGGGUCCAAGUGCCUGGUGCAUUGUAAAAUGGGGAUAAGUCGCUCUGCAGCCACAGUAAUCGCGUACGCCAUGAAGGAGUACGGCUGGGAUCUGAAAAAAGCCCUUGAUUACGUCAAGCAGCGCCGGACUGUGGCCAAACCCAACCCUUCUUUCAUGAGGCAGCUGGAGGAAUAUCAGGGCAUACUGAAUGCCAGCAAGCAGAGGCACAACAAACUGUGGCGUUCUCACUCUGACAGCGACCUGUCCGACCAUCACGAGCCCCUGUCCAAGUCCUACGCCCAGCCCCACAGCCUGGGUCGCUCGGACCCCCACAACCAGCCCAGCGGGCCCGGCCCGUCUGUGACGGAGCUGCUGAGCUCGCUGGGUUCUCUGUCCGGCCCCGGCACCGGCACCUCCGUGGGCCAGCGGGACGCCGGCGCCCGCUCCGCUCAGCGGGGCUCGUCCUCCUCUGAAGACGGGGCCGCGUCGUCCAGUGAUGCCCGAGCCCGAAGCCUCGACGGUCCCUGUCAUUCUGCCGUGGCCCCGAGCAGCCAGCUGGACCCCCCCUGCCCCGACUCCAAAGCCGGCUCCACGCCCUCACCCCCCUCGCUCUCCAACGGCCUGUGUGACUCUGAGGAGCCGCCCUCGUCCCCCCGCCUCUCCCAGCCCGGCGCCGACACCGCCUCCAUGCCCGAGCCCGAGAAGACGGAUGCGGCGACUGUAGCACAAAAUGUCUCGAACCCCCCCGACCCGCCACCGGCCGUUUCCAGCCUCCCCCUCUCUCUUCCGCCCUCCACCGCUCCGGAAAGCGAAGCAAUCAAACCACCGGUGUCGUCCUGCUCUUUGCCUGCGCUCAAACCGGUGUUGGUGUCGGUGCCUGCGCCCACGACGACGCAGACGACGAGCACACAAGAAGCUGGACCCCCCAGUCUGUCGGCCCCCCCGUUGAUCCGGAAAACUGACAGUGACCAGCAGAUAAGCAGCUCGUCUGCGGAUGGCUUGGGCGUCCAUCCCCCCACUCAAGAGUUCAUCAGCAGUUCCAGUGCCAUUCCUCAAGACAACGUGCUGUUAUUCGGUCACAGUGCAGAUCACAUCAACUUUUUCAGCGCGAGAGAAAAAUUCAAGGGAAUGAGUAAAGAUUGUAAAGCUCAAGGCGCUGCAGUGCAGCCGCCGGCCCCGCUGAAGAGUUGUGGCAAAGAACAUCAGCGCCUGUCCCAGGAGGUCUCUGUUUGUGAGGGGAAGGAGGAGGAGAAAGGAAAGGAAAUGCAUGUUCCUGUGCAGGUCACGGGAGGGAAGCCCGGAGAGACUCAAAGCCCAUCUGAGCCUCAAGGCUCCCCAGAUCAGGAAGUGACAAAGAUGAGGGAGGAAGCGGAGGGGAGAGAUGUUCUCUCACUCCAGGAAGCUGAGGAUGGAAAAGAGGAAGUGAAAAAUAAAGAGGACGAGGAAGCAGCCCCUGCUCGUCUCUACAGCGACUGGACGAGGGGGUCCGUGCGACGCGUCACUCAGCAGCUGGAGCAAAGGAUGAAGAAGGAGCACGACGCUCCCUCUCCCUCAUCUUCUCCGCCGUCCCUCUCCGGGGGCGCCGCCUACUCUCAGCGCCGUCCACACAGCAUCCAUUCUACAACGGCUUCUUCGCUCCAGGAUGCAGCAGCGCUCCCCGCGGCGUCGGCCGUUAGCACUUCGCAGGGGAAGCAGGGCCCAGUUAAACGGGGGGACGAUCCUGUAGUUGAAAUGGAAGUCCAAGGAAAUGACAAAAGCACAAAAGGACACAAAGUCCAGCUGUCUGACUGUAGAUUACCGUCUACCUCUCCCUCUUUCUACUCCUCCGCCAAGUCCCCCUUUGCAUCCGUGAGCUUCCUGUGUCUGGAAGGAGUGACGGAGUUGGAGUCGGUCACCGACUGGGGCUGUUUCACGGAGGGAUUCCACCGCGACGUCAUCAUGAGGGAGACGUGGGAGACUCUGCGAGAGCUGGGCGCCUUCCUGCAGCAAGUGAGCAUGAGUGGAACCGGCAAGACCAGGCGUGCGGGCCGGGCUUUGGGAACCGCUCCCAAACAAGGCAACGGCGUCCAAACGAGGGUCAGGGAGGUGGAAGCCAGGAUCCGCCAGGCGGGCCUGACCCCUCCGUCUCUGAUGAAGCGCUCGGCUUCGCUGGCCAAACUGGGCUGCCUGGAGUUGCUGGCCAACGAUCUGGCCAACGAGUGGGAGCUGAGCCGCUGCGCCGUGGCUCCGCCCUCAGCACGAGCCCCGGUCCACGCCGUCAGCGACGACUCCAAGAAGCAGCGGGUGCACAACUCUCCCUGCACGGGGGACGAGGAGCCCGAAGCUAACGAGAUGACGACAAAGAGGACGUCCGAAGCUGGAGAGACCUCACCCGAAGUUUCUCUAUCCUCCAAUCAGAAUCCACAGAGCGGGGGGCUCUCAGACACGGGCCAAGACUCUUGGCAUUCACCCGGGCCGACACUUCUGACCACGAGGCAGCAAUACGGAAGGACUCACCCUCUGAGGCGGCUGAAAAAAAGAACCAUUAGCACCCUUUACCACACCAUGUAACCCUCAGUGUGUGUCUGUGUGUGUAUAUGUAAGAAAAGGAGGGGAUCGUGUUAGAGAUGUGCAUAUGAGUGCAGACUAGGAUCUAUUCAGCAGAACAAGCCAAUGCCUCUUGCCUUAAAGGAUGUGUUUAGUAGUUUCUGUAUAUUUUUCCCUACAGAUCCUCCACAGCCUGUGUGAGAUAUAUCAGCCUUAGAGUGAAACCAGUGGCGAGGCUAUGAAGGUUCCAGAGGAUUUAAAACGGAGUCAACUUUAGAGGAACUGAAGAAAUCAUUGAAAUGCAUCAAAAACAAUCAUCCGUGUGUAACGUGUUUUGAAUGUGGACGUGACUGAGCCCACACAUACAUACUGUGUACAUGAUUGCUGGUUUCAUCUUGAGCACUCUGAAACUUACUUGAUCACAGUCGGUCGACUGAGCAGUCCAUCCUGAAGCUGGGUAGAAUGUAACCUUUGUUUUCAUGAGUCUCCACUGAGAGUUGAGAGUUAUACUUGAGAGGGGGGAAAGGUGCAGAAGAUCCUGCGGUGCAGUCUGACUGCUGAACACGUUCACUCCCAAUCGCGUCUCGACAGACUCGUAUAAAUUGUCAGAUUUGGUUAAGAUGACUUGAAUUUGGAGACCUGCCUUAUAUCAGAAAUGUUGUCAAAGCGGAUUAUCAGCACACACGAACUCAGGUUAACGUGCACGGACAUCGCAGAGCUGGGUUUUCCUGCGGGGGAAGGUCGUGUCCAGAGCUGGGGAUGUCAGCAGCGGCGGGUAACAGUUGUACACUGGUUUUGGAACAAGAUUGGAAGAGUGGAGGUCAUGUUUAUCCUUUUAUUUUGAUGACUCAAUACCUCAACCAGAUCUGAGCUUCACAAACGUCAGGUGAGCAUCGUCCUCAGCCCGAAGUCCUUUUGAACUUCACCACUUGAUGAACUGGAAUAAACUUGUUUCGUUCACGUCCUCGCAGUGCUGGUGUAUGUAAUGGUAAAGGGAGGAGACUCCUUUCAAAGUCAGAGUGUACAUUUAGUCGGUUUUCUGCUGUGUCCUCAUUGGGAUGUAAAGGUCUAUAUAGUGAGUGUUGAUAUUUCCUGAACUAAAUGUUUUUUUUUUGUUUGAUCAGAUCCCGUUUGUGUCGGUGAGUGUGACUGUAGCAGAACUUUACCAUCUGGGCGUGAACAUGUUUUUGUAAUUGAUUUCUUUUGUACAGAUGUUAGGAGUGUGCUUGUGACUGGCAAGUGAAGCGUCUGCGAUCAGAAACGUCUGUACAGGGACGUCUGUCAUACACGCACUUUACUCCCUCUUUGAUUUGAAACGUGGCUUUCGUUGAAAUGUGUUUGCUACUUUUGGAGGAGCAUGCUUAGGUCGUCGCAGGUGUUGGGUAUGUCUGUGCUUUUUUUUUUAAUUUCCUUUCAUUUUAAACUAUCAGUGUAAAUAUUUUUAUAUCAUGUGGUUCAACUGUGACCAUUAAAUAACGGAUAUUAUUAAGA